UUCAUCACUAAUGAUUCCUUUUCCUCGUUCAGAAGAAAGAUAACAUCUACGGACUGUUUCAGUGAUGACAAUUUGGUGGCACUUGUUAGUAAUCUGUUUGCAGCAGGUACAGAGACCACGGCCUCCACGCUGCGUUGGGGGAUUCUGCUCAUGAUGCGAUAUCCUAAGACCCAGAGUAAGUCUUCUAAAAUUCAGAACUGUUUCAAUACCCGCCUCCCACCGCAGACUGUAACCGUGCUCUGUUUUAUCCAGAAAAGGCCCAUGAUGAGAUCGCCAAAGUCGUGGGUGCCUCGAAUGGCACACCGAACUCAAAUAUCUUACGAAGACGCUGUCAUUCACGAAGUACAGAGAUUUGCUGAUAUCCUGCCUGCAAGCUUACCCUGUGCAACCACCACAAAUAUUAUAUUUAAAAAUUACUAUAUUCCAAAGUGUAGUUUUAGUUUUCAGAAUACUCUUUGCCAUAUCAAAAUGAAAACUACUUUUGUUGACAGCCCUACAUUGUUUCAGACAUUUCAUUUCCUUAACUCUACCGGGAAGCUUAUCAAGAAGGAAGCUUUCAUGCCCUUUUCAGCAGGUAAGGUGUCUUACUUGAGAAAGGUGAUUUGAAAAAUCUGGAGAGAUUUGGCUUUGUCUUAGGCCAGUGCUAAGGUUUUAUAUCUUUCCAUGUGGCACUAAACUUCAGAAAUAUGGAAGAGUCCUCCCCCGGCUUUCAAUCGGCUGUAGAACAUUAAGCAUUGGAAGGACAUUUUCUUAGGGAGUCCUUGAAGAUUCCUUGUGGGUGAGGCUAGGGCAGAGCCUCAGGAAUUUGAAGAGAAAGUCAAGCAGGGCAACGAUGGGCAAACCCACUUCAUUCCAACCAGAGAAGCUUUGUUUUAAUUGUGUAAAUACCAGUGUUUCUCUUAGGAUUUCUUGAAGAAAGCAAAGCAGGGAAAAGAAAAGAGCUUUACAUUAAAUUUGAAAGCCAUGAACUAAAUGAACUUACUCUAUAAUUGUCUGAAUUUCUAAGAACCUGAAAUGCGUUCUCCAUUUCCAGAAAAGAAUCUUAGCAAAACUUCACCAUAAGCAGUUUGUCAUCUUUGCACUUGUACAAACAAUGGCUUAGCAUCACUCCAGAUUCCCAUUCAGUGAUGGGUAAACAGCAGUCACCCAAAAAAUAGACUGUCUUUACCUACUGAUAACUAAGGGAUGCAGAGAGAUACAAAGCACAAUCCAUUCUCCUAGUUUUUACACACAUACACACGUAGGCACAGGAUAAUAUACAAGAAAAUGUUGCACGUAUUCAUGACUCCUGCUUUAAAAUGAAAAACAUAAUAUCACAUCUGGAUCAAGAGUU